GAAUGGACUCAUCAAUGGAAUGGGUUCAACUGGCAACAAGUUUUGUACAAGAAAAUGUACAUAAAUUGAGUAUAUCAGAUGUGAUCGAUGCAUUUAGAAUGGUAUGGGAAUUAUUUAGAAGUUCAUGUGUGGUUCCAGUUCUUAAGAUAUGUGUGUAUAUAUGUUUAACAAUGACCAUACUGUUAUUCAUUGAUAGAGUAUAUAUGAGUGCUAUCAUCUUUUAUGUUAAAUCUCGUGGUUUGAAACCACAGAAAAUUUACAAAUGGGAAGAAAUUGAGGACGAUCAUGAUGUUGAUGUUGAGAAAGGUCAUGAUCUUGAUCUCGGACAUCACUCUGAUCAUGAGCAGGGACACCACUCUGAUCACGGUCACGGGCACCACUCUGAUCACGACCACGGCCUCCAUUCUGACCACGAUCAUGGGCAUCAUUCUGAUCACGAUCAUGGUCACCACUCCGAUCAAUCUGAUCACGGUCAUGGCCAUCACUCUGAUCACGGUCAUGGCCAUCACUCUGAUCACGAUCACGGCCAUGACUCGGAUCACUCUCAUCAUUCUCAUCACUCUCAUCAUUCUCAUCAUUCCCAUCACUCGGAUGACUCUGAUCACGAUCAUGGCCAUGAAUCUGAUCACUCUCAUCAUUCUCAUCACUCUGAUGACUCUCAUCAUUCUCAUCACUCUCAUCACUCGGAUCACUCUCACCAUUCUCAUCACUCUGAUCACGAUCACGAUCACGACCAUGACUCUGAUCACGAUCACGAUGAUCAACCUUCGAAUUAUCCAAUGGUUCUCGUUCAAAUUCCAAUGUACAAUGAAAGAGAGGUUUAUAAACUAUCGAUUGGAGCUGCAUGUGGACUUUCAUGGCCAUCUAGAAGAAUCAUAAUUCAAGUACUUGAUGAUUCCACCGACCCCGUCAUCAAGGAUUCGGUGGAGAUAGAAUGCAAAAAAUGGAAAAGCAAAGGAAUAAACAUCAAGUAUGAAAUCAGGGAUAACAGAAACGGGUACAAAGCAGGAGCUCUUGCAGAAGGUUUGAAACAUCAAUACGUACGGCAAUGUGAUUUGGUUGCAAUGUUUGAUGCCGAUUUCAGACCGGAAUCCGAUUUCCUUCAUCGGACUAUUCCUUAUUUCAAAAAUAACCCUGAAAUUGGUCUCGUUCAGGCUCGAUGGACAUUCGUGAAUUCCGAUGAGUGUAUAAUGACAAGAAUCCAAGAAAUGUCAUUGAAUUACCAUUUCAAAGUUGAGCAAGAAGUUGGUUCUUUCGCCCAUGCUUUCUUCGGUUUCAAUGGAACUGCUGGGGUUUGGAGACUUUCUGCUCUGCAAGAUGCCGGUGGGUGGAAGGAUCGGACUACUGUCGAGGACAUGGAUCUUUCCGUUCGCGCCUGUCUCAAGGGAUGGAAAUUUGUGUUCGUCGGUGACGUAACGGUGAAAAAUGAAUUGCCGAGUACUUUUAAAGCACUCCGAUACCAACAGCAUAGAUGGUCUUGUGGACCUGCAAAUUUGUUUAAAAAAAUGGCGAAGGAAAUCAUCACCAAUAAGGCUGUAAGCAUAAGGCAGAAACUUCAUUUGUUAUAUAGUUUCUUCUUUGUCGGAAAGGUUGUCGUCCAUAUCGGUACAUUCUUCUUUUACUGCAUCGUCAUUCCUACAGCGGUUUUAGUUCCUGAAGUUGAAAUUCCAAAAUGGGGUUUAGUGUAUAUCCCUACAAUCAUAACUAUUCUUAAUGCAAUUGAAACUCCAAGAUCUUUCUACCUAGUUUUCAACUGGAUCCUCUUCGAAAAUGUCAUGUCCAUGCAUCGAUCAAAAGGUACACUUGUCGGUCUGUUUGAGGCAGGAAGAGUAAAUGAAUGGGUUGUCACGGAAAAACUAGGAGAUGCUCUACUCAAGUCAAAGGACAACAACAAUAGAUUAGCAACCAAAUCAUCAAAGGUGUCUCUAUUGUCACCAAUUCGCGAAAGAUUUUAUGCGAUGGAACUAUGCGUCGGAGCGUACAUCUUCCUUUGUGCUUGCUAUGAUGUCGCAUUCGGGAGGUAUUGGUACUUCAUAUACUUGUUUGGCCAAGCCAUUGCGUUCUUCAUUGCUGGUUUCGGUUAUGUUGGAACUCGCGUCCCUAAUUCUUGGGAUUAAGAAACAGUCAUCCACAUGGUACAUAAGUUUCGUCUGUAAUCAAUGUAAACAGGAUACUAAAUGCAUCUCUACUCUCUUCCUUGUCAGUAUAUCUCAGGAUUAGGGGAUUUUUCCAAUUUUCCGUUAGGUGGUUGCAAUUGAAAAGUUGUUUAUAGUUACUAAAUUGUUCUAGGCAUCCGAAAUGAGAGAAAAGUGAAGAAACAUUCUGCUUUUGUUUUCGGAUCAAAUGUAGAUGGGCACCUUUAUUUGCAUCGUUCACAGUUAUGUUUUCUUUUGUAUUGUAUAAAAUAAAACUUCAGCAGUA